GUGGCUACUAGUGAAGAAAUUUCACACCUUUUGGUGCAGAACCUUUGUUUCGUUUCCCACAAUCUCCAUUUUACGCAAGAUCUUGAACCUCUCUCCAAUGUCUCGAAAGUUUACUUAUGCUGAGAAAGGAAAGAGGGUGGCUUCAUCUGAGGCUCCUCCCCGUUCUGAGCUCCUCCCCGCAUCCCGCGAGUCCGAGUUUCCUGCUUUCGACGAUUCUGAGCUGCGCCGACUUCCAGAGCUCGAAGAGAUCCCCCUCCUCCCAGUCCUCCACCAAAGAAACCUCAUAGAGAAGCUGAGGACUCUAAGAAACGAUCUCAGGAUCGACCUCAUGAUGUUCCGCAGCAUAGAACACCGCAUCACUCUGGGACCAAGAGGACUCGCAGUCCUGAACCAUAGGAGAGAUUAUGGCAACAGGAGUAGAGACUCACACUGGUCUAAAGACAGAGACGGGUAUACCAGUAGAAGAUAUGGAGAGAACAAAAGUCUUUCCCCUCAAAGGUCUUAUAGCUACCAACCUUCAGGCCACCACUCCCAUAGCCUUCCAGCUUUUGAAGAGAGAAGAAAAACAAGAUCUCCUUAUAAGUUUGAGGAGAGCAGAAGAAGUUACCCAAGAGUGGCUAAUGCCGUUCCCAUUCAGAUUCCAGGGUCAUCUCUUCUACUUCAAAGAACGGCGCACCCGGGACCUUGCCUUCCGGCUCGUGAGGCAUCCACUGAAAUUCCCCAAGCAGCUCUGAAUGUAGCAAUGGGUGAAUUGAGAGAUGUGAUGAUCAAGUAUGUAAACUGUGCAGACCCAACGAAAGCGCAGCGGAGAGAGAAAGAUAUCGACAAGCAGAAGAAUCUUGGCCAAUUCGAGGAACAGCUGAACAGAUGGAAGAGCCAGGUUUGCAGAUUCCUUCUGAAAGACUUCCAUGAGUCACCUACUACUCUGUCUGUGCUCACAUUAGAGAAUCCUGCGACUCUCCGCCUUGGACCUCCUGAACUUCCUCAAAGGUUGGUUAAAUCAAAGAAGAGGGUCACUGGCAAGAAGAAGCUAGGUCGACCUCCAGGGAAUGAAGAAUGUUCUCCCAAAGAAUCCAAAAAUCCCCUUAGUGGACGGGUAUGAUCGGGGAAUAAGUAACAGGAGAAAGAACCCUCCAUCCUGUUUCCAUCAACCCGCAAGGACGGUUAAAUAUGGAUUCCUACUUGGAGGGAGCUGAAGAAGAUGCUACUUUGAAUGCAGGACCAAGCUCUGGACCUCUUCAUGUUCCUACUGAGGCUAGAGCCAGAGCUUCUCCCCCUUCCCUUCCCCACGACUUUCUGGUAAUU